CUCGCCACCGCCGCGGCUCGGGCUGGAGGCGCCGCUGUCAUUCCUGCGCCGGAGGAGCCGGCGCUUGCCGGUGCCCGGGGGUCGGGGCGCGGGGAAACCCGGGCCGCUAGGGUGACCCAACAGGUAGAGCCGGGGCCACGGCCGGCCACGCGCCCCCAACGCACAUCAUGCAGCUCUUUGUCACCUCUCUCGCCCCCAGGCCAAAAUCCUGAGCAUGAUGGAAGACAAUAAGCAGCUCGCGCUCCGCAUCGAUGGGGCGGUCCAGUCGGCCAGCCAGGAGGUGACCAACCUGAGAGCCGAGCUCACGGCCACCAACCGGAGACUGGCGGAAUUGAGCGGUGGAGGCGGCGGCUCCGGCUCGGGCCCGGGAGCUGCGACCAGCGCCUCAGCAGCAGCGGUGACGGUGGCUGACUCGGCGGCGACGACUAUGGAGAACCAUCAGCACAGCGCGCAAGUGCUCCUGCGGGAGGAAGUGGUCCAGCUUCAGGAGGAAGUGCACCUUCUCCGGCAGAUGAAGGAGAUGCUGGCCAAGGACUUGGAGGAGUCACAGGGCGGCAAGUGCUCCGAGGUCCUCUCGGCCACAGAGCUUCGAGUGCAGCUGGUGCAGAAGGAGCAGGAGUUGGCCAGAGCCAAAGAAGCCUUGCAGGCCAUGAAAGCCGACCGGAAGCGCUUAAAGGGCGAGAAGACCGACUUGGUGAGCCAGAUGCAGCAGCUGUAUGCCACCCUGGAGAGCCGCGAGGAGCAGCUGCGAGACUUCAUCCGCAACUACGAGCAGCACCGCAAGGAGAGCGAGGAUGCCGUCAAAGCGCUGGCUAAGGAGAAGGACCUGCUGGAGAGAGAGAAGUGGGAGCUGCGACGGCAGGCCAAGGAGGCCACAGACCACGCCGCGGCUCUGCGCUCCCAGCUGGACCUCAAGGACAACCGCAUGAAGGAACUGGAGGCCGAGCUAGCCAUGGCCAAGCAGUCCUUAGCCACACUGACCAAGGAUGUUCCCAAGCGGCAUUCACUCGCCAUGCCCGGCGAGACGGUGCUCAAUGGCAACCAGGAAUGGGUGGUUCAGGCUGACCUCCCACUGACUGCUGCCAUCCGUCAGAGCCAGCAGACACUCUACCACUCCCACCCUCCCCACCCUGCAGACCGGCAAGCGGUCAGGGUGAGCCCCUGCCACUCACGGCAGCCCUCCGUCAUCUCCGAUGCCUCUGCUGCUGAAGGGGACCGGUCAUCCACACCGAGCGACAUCAACUCCCCACGGCACCGGACGCACUCCCUCUGCAACGGCGACAGUCCCGGCCCGGUUCAGAAGAGCCUGCACAGUCCUAUUGUACAGUCACUAGAGGAUCUUGAAGACCAAAAACGGAAAAAGAAGAAAGAGAAGAUGGGAUUCGGCUCCAUCUCUCGCGUCUUCGCCAGAGGGAAGCAACGGAAGUCCCUCGACCCGGGCCUCUUUGAUGACUCCGACAGCCAGUGCAGUCCCACACGGCACAGCCUCAGCCUGUCCGAGGGCGAGGAGCAGAUGGACCGGCUGCAGCACGUGGAGCUGGUGAGGACCACGCCCAUGUCCCACUGGAAGGCUGGCACAGUGCAGGCCUGGCUGGAGGUGGUGAUGGCCAUGCCUAUGUACGUCAAGGCCUGUGCAGAGAAUGUCAAGAGUGGGAAGGUGCUUCUCAGCCUGAGCGAUGAGGACCUGGAGCUGGGCCUGGGUGUGUGCAGCUCCUUGCACAGGCGCAAGCUCCGCCUGGCCAUCGAGGACUACCGUGACGCUGAGGCUGGCCGCAGCCUGUCCAAAGCAGCCGACCUGGACCAUCACUGGGUGGCCAAGGCCUGGCUGAACGACAUCGGCCUAUCCCAGUAUUCCCAGGCCUUCCAGAACCACCUGGUCGAUGGGAGGAUGCUGAAUUCCCUGAUGAAGCGGGACCUGGAGAAGCACCUGAACGUCUCCAAGAAGUUCCACCAAGUCAGCAUCCUGCUGGGGAUUGAGCUGCUGUACCAAGUGAACUUCAGCAGGGAGGUCCUCCAGGAGCGCCGAGCCCGCUGUGAAACGCAGAACACAGAUCCUGUGGUCUGGACCAACCAGCGGGUGCUCAAGUGGGUGCGCGAUAUCGACCUGAAGGAGUAUGCAGACAACUUGACUAACAGCGGUGUCCACGGUGCUGUGCUGGUGUUGGAGCCCACGUUCAAUGCCGAGGCCAUGGCCACCGCCCUAGGCAUCCCCAGCGGGAAGCACAUCCUCCGGAGACACCUGGCAGAGGAGAUGAGCACCAUCUUCCAUCCAACCAACUCCACAGGCCUCCGGGAGUCUGAGCGCUUUGGGACGCCACCUGGCAGGGCCUCAAGCAUCACCAGAGCUGGAAAAGAGGAAGGCGGCAGCAACAGCAAGUACAGAGGCGGCCGGCUGCCCCUGGGGAAGAUAGGCAGAGGCUUCAGCAGCAAAGAAGCUGAUUUUCACGACGACUAUGGCUCUCUCGAGAACGAGGACUGCGCGGAUGACGACGACCUCCAAGGCAGGCCCGAGCAGUGCCGCCUGGAGGGAUACAAUAGCCUGGAGGUCACCAACGUGUAAGAAAGCCUCGGGACUCGGCUACAGAAGCGGAGAGAGAAGAGCAGCCCCACGGCCCAGUGCCGCCCAUCCCCACUGUACAGAGAGGCCUGGGGCUGAGGGCAGAUGCCAGAACAGACUUUCCAGAGACGGCCGCCGCUUCCAGUGGGCACCAAGGACAGAGAAUGCCCACCUAGGUGUCUUAUCUCUCUGAAGACAGGCCCUGAGGACACAGCACCCAGUCAUGACCCAGCAGGUGGCCCCAGUGCUGUGGGAUGUUCCUGGCACUCUACCCUGAACUUCCAAGAAGGGAAGGGGUGUCACUGUCAGAACACCCUUCUGGGAGGGGCAGGAAACUGCCCCCUCCACCCAGCCAGCCCUGGCAGAGCCGGGGCAUUGAGAACCAGCUGCACAGCCAGCCAGCAGUGACCAGGUAGUGAAUGCCGCCCCUCGGCCCACUGGGCAGAGAAGGUGAACUCUUAUCUGGUCACUCACUCUGGAAGGAUGCAAAGUGACACGGCCUUCCUUCCACUUUAAGAGUCCUCACCGUGAAGUGGACAUGUUGGGCGCAGGAGGGGAAUCUCUGCAGGGCAGAGGGGCCUGGCAGCAGAAGCCCUAAGGGCUGCAGGCGUCCUGUCACCAGAAUGAGUGUGACUUUAAGAGAGUAUGUGUGGUGGUUGGGGUUGCUGAGCUCUGUCCCCAAAUAGUCAUUCCAAGCAUGGGCACAAAAUGGGAGAGUGCCGGCCAUUAACCCAACAAACCUCUGCUAUGACGUCACCUGAGACAAGUGUGCUCACCCAUGACCUAACAGAGGUGCGAAUCCCACAGAACAAGGUUGCUGAGCUAUCUGGAGCAAGGAGCUCCCAGCCCUUUUCUUGAUCUGCCACUAUUUUGCUGUGUGGCUUUCUCCCAGUGGCCUCACCUCUCUGUGCCUCAGUGUCUUACCUAUAGCACUUCCCAUUCCUCCCAAGGAAGCUGAGGAUUAACAUUCGCUAACAUUUGCCACACGCUUUGAGCCUCUCAGGAAGCAACUUAGAAGGGAUAGGAUGGGGAGGAACGCACCUAGCAACUCCCAUCAACAACAUUUGCGGACACUGAAUGAGUUCGCUCUGUUUCGGUUGGGUCCAUAGGCAAGAGGGGGGUGCAGAAUGUUUAACAUUGAGAGUUUCCCAAAGCCCCCAGCAAGGCCUGGCUGGGAGAGCCACCACUGCGGUGGCUCAGAGUCGUACUGGGUGCAGCAUCCAGGCCCAAGCCCACUGAGCAGAGACUUCGCCUGUUGACACUAGGGAGGACUGGCAGUUGUAUUCAGUUGUACUCUGCACCAACUUUCUCGGAAGCCAUUUGCACCAGGAGUCCAAGAAAGGUUCAGAUUCCCAAAACUGACAGUGGGGUAGCUUCUGAGCCACCAAAGCCAGUCUUGUGCCAUGAUAUAAAGAGUGUCCCCUUGUGGGAGGACCAUGCACAGCCCGUGAACUUGAGAGUUGCUGGUCUCCAUGUCGAAGACAUCUCUCUAAUGAUCCCACAGACACAGUCUUCCUCACAACCUGAGUCCAGAGGCCUUGGGUUUUGGAGCACCCUUUCUGCCUGCAGGUCGUCCUCUGAACGAAACACAUCAGAAGCCAGGUCGCGCAGGGUGAACCUCUUGGGUAUAACCCAGCUUCGCUCGGGUUCUGCACCCUGGAGGGUUUAUAUAUGCAUUCCCGCCUCUGGAAUCCCGAAGCCCCUAAGUCUGCAGCCCAGCAAGAGGAGGGAGGCCCUCUUCUAACUGAGGCCAAGGGCCACUCUCAAACUGCAUCCCUAAAGGGUGGCACGACUCCAGGACCCAGGAAUUUAUCAACAACCUCUCUGGAAAGGUUGCCGGCUGUGCUGGCUCCUGAAGGGGAAGGCCUAUGUGCACUUUCCUCCUAAGGAGGGGGUCCUAUGACAUCAGCAGGGCUCCUUCCUGGUGAACUCUGGGCUUCUGUCCCUCCCUGGCACCCCUGCCCAUCUCCAUCUAUACGCAGUGGUCACUUCUAGCGGAUUCUCGGUCUUGACCCUUCGGUGCAGGAGGUUGUCACGUGAUAACAAGAUCCAGAAGUGGAGAGAAGGGGUUUCUUCUAAGCCUAAGACAACUCCUGCCCCCCCCUCCAAAGAUUGAGGUCAUGAGGAUGGGUGGGAUCCUGGCAGGUGUGACUUUGGACUUCACUGUAGGGGCACGGAAAAGAGACAGCCCUGCUGGGACCCUAACACCUCUUCCCAGAGAGUCACUUAUGCCCGAGGACUGCUUCACAAGCAGUGGAGAAAAGUGCCUCCUGGGUGGUGGCAGCUUCUGGGUCUCAGUUUCAGAGAAGCCAGUGUGGACGGUGACAAUGACUCUGACCCAUGAAAGGUUUGUAAAUGCAAAACAAGUGAGCCCUGAAUGGCAGAACCCCCACAAUUCCCCAGAGGGAAGUCUAACAACGUAACAAUAAAUGCUGGGCCCUGCGGCCACCCCUCUU